GCCGCCUCCGUGUCACCUUGUGUCUUUUCCUCUCUCUAGUGACGUAGUUAUCUAUAAUAUUCGUUCUCUUCUGUGCGUCUGCCAUGUGUGUCUUCUGAGCGGCUGUUCUGUUCGGUUCUUCCUCUUCAGCGCCCCCCUCCUUCGCCUUCUCAAUUAGGAUGGACCCGUCGGGACUCGGUGACAUGGGGCUCGAACCGCAGGCCAGGGCUCGUUCCAACACCUGGCCUCUGCCCCGCCCGGGCGAAUUCAUCGAGCCUGAUUCCGUUGAGAUGGCAGAACAGAAGUGCGGCGUCGUCGCCGCCCUACCUGGAGCUUCCCAGCAGAUAAAGAAGAACUCUUCGAGGAGGAACGCAUGGGGCAAUCUGUCCUACGCGGACUUGAUCACGCAGGCUAUAGGCUCGGCCCCCGACAAGAGGCUCACGCUGUCGCAGAUCUACGAAUGGAUGGUCCAAAACGUGACGUACUUCAAGGAUAAAGGAGACAGCAACAGUUCUGCAGGAUGGAAGAACUCGAUUCGACACAACCUCUCGCUGCAUAACAGAUUCAUGAGGGUACAGAACGAAGGAACCGGUAAGUCAUCGUGGUGGAUGAUCAACCCAGACGCCAAACCCGGCAAGUCUGCUCGGCGGAGAGCCACCUCCAUGGAGACCUCCAAGUUCGAGAAGAGGCGGGGUCGGGUGAAGAAGAAAGUGGAGGCCCUCCGGAGUGGAUUGGACGCCACUCCCAGCCCGUCAUCUUCAGUUUCCGAAUCCCUCGACAUCUUCCCCGAAUCACCCCUGCACGGAUUUCAGCUCAGCCCGGACUUCAGGCCGAGGGCCAGUUCGAACGCCUCCUCCUGCGGGGGUAGACUCAGCCCUAUCGUCGCCGAGAACGACUGGAGCAGCUACUACGGACCCGAGCAGCUCGCGGGGAACCUCGAGCAGAACAUGCGGCUCGGCCAGCAGGGCUUCGGCCCCCCACCACCCCCCUAUAGGCCGGCACCUCCCUACGUAUCCACCUGCCCCGUCCACAGGCAGGUCCACCCCUGUCCCUCUUGUGCCAUAGCCCCUAAACAUGACUUGUGGUUGUUGCAGAGAACGGGCUACGGGGAGGGGGAGAGCGCGGCCACCAUGAUGGGCCAGCUGAUGGACGUCCUCAACCCUGCCAUGCUUGAUGACCUCAACAUCAACAUCGAGACGCUGCCGCUCCACGGGGGCUUCGACUGCAACGUCGACGAGGUCAUCAAGCACGAGCUCAGCCUGGACGGGACGUUGGACUUCAACUUCACCCAGCAGCAGGCACCCACCUCCCAGGCCGAGCAGCAGCCUUACUCAGGCCAGUCCUGGGUCCACUAGCCAUCCAACCGAUGGAACCUGGCCAGGGUUGUUCACCAUUGCUCUACGAUGAUUCAACAACGAAUUGUUCAAAUGGAGACAAGGCUCUUCGUCAGAUAGUCAGACACAAGCUUUUAACAUUUCCGACAUACCAUCCAAAUAUAAAUGAAAUAGUUAUGAGAAAAAGUACAAUAAAUUGUUUCAAUGUUUUCUUUUAUAUAUAUAUAUAUAUAUAUGUAAAAAAUAAACUAUUAGUCCGUAUGGUACAAUCAUAUAAAUGAUGCCAUUUAAUUGUGUCAAUUGCUAUAGACAAAGUGCUAAGAAUGUGCCAAUUUGUUUUACUGAUGGAAGUCUCAAGACUUACAUGUCUGUCAAUUAUUAUAAAGAUUGUCUUUAUUUUGCCAUUGUUAUUUUGGAAGAAAGCCAUGUUUUAUUUGAUUUUUUUAUAUAAUUAAUCUGAUUUUUUUUUCAAAUUGUUCUUUAUAAUAUAUUCAAAGUUUAAAUAAAAAUAAAAUAUUAAAAAAAGUUAGUGAUAAUGUAAAAGGCUCAAACUAGCAAUUAAUUUUAAGUUAAUUUUUUUUUGUUUGUUUUUUAAAAGAACCCAUUAUUAUUUAAAUUAUUAGGAGGAUAUUACACCGAAACUUUCUUCUUCAUUUUUCUUUUUAUUAAUUGAAUAUGAAUUGUAUAAGCUCAAAGUUACAAUUUUUAUUUUCUAAAUAAAUUAGGCUCAUUUCAACUAAAUUUAAUUAGUUCUGUAAAUAGAAUUGCAACAAUAUUUUGUACAAAUUAAUUAUAUUAUUCUAGGUGAUAUUAAUGGGGUGUAUAUUAUUAUAAAUUAAGAGAUAUAGUACAUUUUAUUUGAAGGCUUACUGUGCAGGGAUGUCGUUUAGAUUUUCUUUUUAUUGUUAUCAUUUUAUUGCUUUAGAUCAAUGUAACUUAGAAAAUGGAUGUAAAAUAUUUCCUAGUAGAAAAUAAAAAUAUUUAGGACAAGGCACUAGGAAUAACUUUCCUUUCUGCUAGGAAAUAAUAUAGGUAUCAAUGUUUAAAAGAAAAAAAUAAUUAAGUAGUAAAAUGUACCGUUGUGUUUAGUAUAGAAAAUAGUUGACGGGGCAUAUUGCUCUAUGUACUUAUGCUCUAAACGAAAUUGUUUAAUUAAAUGUUGAAUUUUUAAAUUAUAUUUGUUUGUAAAAGUUUAUAUAUUGAAAAGCACAUUGUGAUCUUUUCUCUUUCUGAUGUUAAAAUAUUACAUUGAUGUGAAGGAAAGAGUGUUUAGGUGAAUGCAUAGAAUUAUUGCUGGCGUAGCAUGGCAGUAGUUGUGCUGCUCUUGGCUGAUAAAUAAAAAAAAAAUUUAUAUAUAUGUAUUCAUAUACAUGUAUAUAAAUAUUAUGUGUUUAGACUAAGUAAAACAAAAUAAGUGUAUUAAGUGCCAAUUUAAUUUAGUCUAUUGUAUCUAGUGUCACCCUGACCUAAAAGAAUUACUAACCACCAUCAACGAUUUAUUUUCAAGAUGAAAAGAAACUUCUUUUUAAUGGAGCCCUAAGAAGUAUAUUAUUUUUUUCAUCAAUAAAUUUUUUUAUUCAAAUGAUUAAUUUUCUUUACGUCACGAAUUGAAAAUCAUACAUAAUAAAAAUGAAUAUCAUUUAUUCAGCGACUCAUAUCACUUUAAAAUUUGAUAUGGGAUUGAAGGCUGAAAUAAAAUAAAUUCCUGGAAGGCAUUUGUCAUCGUAUCUUCAUUUUUGAACACAGUACAAUUGGUCCGAAGGUUGAUAUGAUAAAGAACUUACAUUUCUAAACCUUUGCAAGUUCAAUCUCAAAAUUGGAUAUUACUAUUUUUUUUUACAUGAAUUGGCCCAUAGUUACUCUUCAAAAUUAAUGUACUAAUUACCAUAAUUAAAAUAGAAUUUCUUUCUUUUUUUUUUACUAAUAUUUAAGAUCAUGCCCAAAACUAAUAUUUCAUAUUUUACUAAGAGAUAAUUCUGAUAACAUAAGCUGGGUUUGAAAAAUUUCAUAUAAUGAAAUUUAUAUUUACAGUUUCAUAAAAUAAGUAGAGAAAUAUUAAAUUUGAAUUGUCUUUGCCAGGUUCUUAAGAAUUUCUUAUUAGAGCUGACCAUUUGAAGAAGUUUCAAAGUUGUUCUAAAUCUUAUAAAUAUAGAUAAUGAUUUUGAUUUGAUCCUCUAGGGUUAAACUAGCAGUCUCCGAUUACCCCAUAAAUGUUCCCACUCUUAGUCAAAUAUUUUUGGAAUGGCCACUUUUUAAAAGAUGCUCAAGUACGAUAAUGAUUAUAUUUAAAAAAAAAAAAAAAGAAUAAGAAGUUUAUUGUACCAACUUUAUUUUUGCACCCGGAAGGGAGAAUAUGAUGUAUUUAUAAGAAAAAUUAUUGCGGCUAUUUUAGAUUGUAAUCUUAAAUGAUUCUGCUGAAUAAUGUAACUGUUGUCGUGCCUUACUUUGAAAACUAGCUGUAGUUUAAUUGUCGCCGACAGUUUCUAAGAAAAAAAAAAAGUCCUCAUGGUCCUGUGAAAACUCUUCCCAAAUCGAAGUAGUUAGUACAUUGGUCUAUCUGUCUUACUCGUUCUGUGUCUUACAUGUUUCUAAAUACAACUAAUAUAUUUCGACAGUGUUAAAAAAAAAAAAAAUUUGACACUUUAUUUUACUUGUAGUUGAUCUUACACUACGUAAUGAACAAUGGUACUUAAAACUUUAUUUAACUUUAAUGGUUGUAAUUAAUAGGAAUGACUUUUGUUCAAGAAGUCAUUUCGGUUUCUUCCUUAAACUGUUGUAUGUUGUAGGUGUUCCUCGAGUGGAAAAAAAAAAAAAAAUUAAAAAGGAGGAACAAAUCAUCUUAAAUUUAUAAUGUGAUUUUAUGUGCCAUAUAUUUGAGUGGCUGUUUCUAUUAUAAAUAAAAUGAUAAAUUACUGUUUCAAUUAUGAAUGAAAAUUAAAAGAAUUUGAAUUUAAAAUAUUUUUAAAAAAAUCUAUCAUUCAAGUAUAGGUUGAAGAAUUAUUAUUUUGUGGUUUUGUUCAUUAUCAUUUGGUUUCUAUCAUUCAGACUAUAAAAAUUAUUUUAUUUCGACCAAGAUAAUAAUAAAAAAAAUAUGAAAAAUGUUUCAUUUAAUGGAGGCAGGGGUAGCAAUUUUUUUUUGUGUUUUUUUUUUCUAGGUUGCUGAUGUGUAUAGAUUAUGUAUAUAGUACGUAAGUCUGUUAUUGCUUCAGAGUUAGAUGUAAGCUAAAAUGUAUUAUAUGGAAGUAUAUUAAUAAAUUGUGUACAUUGAUGUAAUU